AUGGCGCAGAGGCCGAGGGCGCACAAGCUGCCCGCGGCUCGGGCUUCCCGGGCGCCCGACGCGGCGGCGCGUUGCGCCCCUGCCCUGACCGCAGCAACAGCGGCCGGCGGCGCCGUCGCGCGGGCGGCGCCGUCGCAGGCGCGCUCGGCCCUGGCGCUCCCGCGGCGCCGGAGCCUGGAGGCCGCGGCCGCUACGGCCUCCCCCAGCGCCUGGGACGCGCGGGGGCCCACGGCGGCGGCGGCCGUGCUGGCGCGGUGCCUGGCGGCGGGCGCCGUGAGCCAGGAGACUUUGGAUUUAACCUCUACAAAAGCCCCAUGCUUUGUGAAGUUCUCAGAGAUGGAGCAAAUCGCAAACAUUCAAGCUGAAAUCAAUCAGAAAAAAUUGGAAACAGAAAUCCUACAAUUGGAGAAGGAGACAGCAGACAUUGCUCACCCUUUUUACAUAAGCAAAAAGUGCCAGAUCUUUCAAGAUAUGAACAAACACUUGGAAGCAGUGCUGAAAGAGAAAAGGACUCUCAGACAAAGGUUAAUGAAGCCCAGAUGUCAAGAGAACCUGCCUAUUGAGGCUCCUUUCCACAAGUAUGUAGUAGAGUUGUUGGCAGAGGCUGUGAUUUUCAUUGAGAAGCUUGAAAGCCAUUUGCAGACCGUAAGAAGCAUCCCUCAGAUACCCAGCGUCGUGAAGAGUAUGGACACUGCUUUGACAAAAACAGAGGUGCUAGUGACAGAGUUGGAGGAACUGACGGAGCAAAUACUGAAGUGGAGGGAACUGCAAAAAGGAGUGCAUUCUGACAGCAUCUACAACGCAGUUGAACUGGACUUAAGCUUUUCUUUAACCUGACAAAUCAUUUCUCUCUGCAGAUAGGAUGGCCAUUCAAAGAACUACCCUUUAACAGUCUUCUGUGAAAACUACAAUAUGAUUGCCUUAAUCCAACAGGGACUUUAUAGCUAGUUAUUUCUGUGAUCUUAGAUGAUAUUGGAACAGUUAACAGUUCUCAGCUAUAAAGAAAUAAAUGCAGUUGGACAAUGAGCAAUACUUCACGCAAAGACAAACUAGGGAGAAGACCGUCAGAGAGUUCCUUUUUGAAAUAGUCAGGCGGUGUUGUCUUAGAGCCUGUAUCUUCGAUGAAUGGGCUUUUUUGAUACUGGUCAUGCAUUUGCUAUAAGGUCUACAUUUGGUUUGGUAAGUGCUAUAUUUUAUAUGUCACAGUAAAACUUAAAUAAAUGCAUUAGAUUAUUAAGAUUCUUUAUAUUUUGUUAUGAAAUCCAAUAAUUAAAAGAACAAUACAAAGUUGAUAUGGAAACAGCCUGGAACCUAAGAGUUCCAACUACCACCGAUGAGUGAAACUGGAAGACUGCACUGGAAGCAGUAGAAACAAGGAAUCUAAGUAGUUUUAAGUUAGCCUGUAUUAUAACUAUGAUGUGGUUGUUUGAAAAAGCCCCUGUUCGGGGGGGAGAGGAAGGAGCGAUGACUCUGUCAUAUAUUUAUGGAAAUUUUCUGCUAACUUGUUAUCUGCAUUUCUAUGCAGAUAGUAAUAAAUAUAUUCUUCAGUCUCUCCUUUUCUAUUGCUUGUCCUAUCUUCAAUGCCUGCCUUAGAAUAAAACUCAUGUUCCACAGGUAUGACUGACAACUUAGCAAAAAUGUUGAUUGUUCCAGUUUGUAGCCUUAAUAACUUGUCUGUCAUUAAAAGAUUAAUUUGUAAAACAUCACUGGCAGGAUAUCGAUAAACCAGGAUAGCUGGUUGAUUGGGAGAUAUCAAGUUUUAUACUUGGCCAUGGUGUGGACAAGUGGUGAUAGACUGACAGCUUCAGGACACGGGCAGACUGGAACUGAUGCAGAUAUAUUCCUUUCUGUUGCUGCAUAGAUCAGAUCCUUUGUCUUCUGAAUUUUUAUGCUCAACUUCUUGAUUUCUAGUUUUAAAAAAUAGCCCAUUUGUUUUUUGAAGGUAACCACUAGGUGGCUCAGUAGCCCAGAGAUUUCACUGUAGUUCAUCUGAACAUAUGUACAUACAUCAUAGUGUACAGAUGUGUCCACAUCUGUACAUCAUUGCACACACAGCAUUUUACAGAUGAGAAACUUAAAGUAGAAUUAAGGAAGAAAUACUUGAUUCUUUGUUGAGCACAGUGUGAUGCAAGUUACUUGUAGUUGGUCUGCCUUAAAUAUUUGAAAUUUACUGAGAAUGCUAUUACUAAUCAUUGUAAAAUGUAUCAUUCUUUUGGUUGUGAUGUCAAGGCAUCAAGGCCUAACUGUUCUCUACUGUAGUAUGUAAGGGCAACUGAUUUUCCUCUUGGCUUCUGUUGAGAAAAGAAGCUAGAAAUGACUUGGAUUAAGGCAAGUAAAAUGUUAGUAGAUAGGCUCUAAGAAUAUAAACUGGAGUUUGGCUCCUGUAAAUUUUGAUGAGACCUUUUUGUGAACACCUGUUAUAUAUCAUUGCAGGAUUUGAAUCUGAAGUCUUGUAUGACUGUCAUUGCGGAUGUGGAGAGGAAAAUCUUCCACAAAAUUGCAGAGAAGCUGUGACGUUUUUUUAAAAAACUAAAAAAUGUUUGCACAUUCUUUGAUACAGAAAGCAACAGAACCCAGACUUCUGGAAUCAUGGUCCUGCACCUCAAUCACAAGGUUAACCACUCUCUCUCAGAUUAUUUUAUAGUAGUGCUUUAGGUGGCUAAAUAAAAGCUGUUGUAAUUUAAUGCUUCUGGAAGUAAAGUGAAAACAUUUCUAGUUAUUUUGUUCAUUUUUAGUUAGUUUGUUUCUGUUUCAAGGACUUACAAUUAACAAAUAUAUAUUUUUGCCAUAUCCAAAGAGUUAAGGUUUUUUGUUUUGGUUUGCUUUACGCCAUUCAUUAUUGGAGAGUUGACUUGGGAGAUAAUAGAGUUUGGCCAAUAUUAUUUGCCAUGCUAAUUUAUUUUUAUAGUAUGAUUAAAGGAGUAAGAAUAGUGAAGGAAGCAGUGAUUCUAGUAUUGCUGUUGUGGGUCAUGAAUUGGGGAAAAACAUUGAAUCUGCAGGAUCUAUACCAUAGUCACACUGGAAGUUUUGUGUAUUGGUGAGGUCUUUUUCACUGAGACUCAAUGUGUCUGGAGCUUAAGGCAAACAGUUUAAUGAGGAGAACUUCAUACUUAAACUACAAAUAAACAGGAUAAUUAAAUGGUAA